UUUCAUAUUUUAAGAGAAAAUACAAAAAAAAGGGGAGGGAAUUUGAAGAGGGCGAUGAAGAGUCGUGUGACGGUUGCGGCGAGUGACUGACGCGUGUCGGUGUGACAGCUGUGUGCAAGCAACCGUUCGCGGGGAAAUGGCCGGUGUGCCCAACUCCCUGCGACCGGUUACCUUACCCGGUUGUUGCCGGUCAACCCAACACGGGCCUUAUCCUGCCUAUAUAGCCGGCUGCUUCAUCCUCUCAUCCACGCUCCGCAUUUUCUCCCACGCUCUCUCACGACUGCGGCACUUGCGAGAUAAAACACGUACUUUUCUCGAUCUACCGUAGGGGUUUGGGUAGUAGGUCGAUAAGUGUUCAGCGAUAUGGUGGCGGCAGCGGCGGCGACGACGGUGGUGAGUAGGUUCAACGAUGUGGAUCGGAUCAAGGGGCCAUGGAGCCCGGAGGAGGACGAUGCGCUGCAGAAGCUGGUGCAGCGCCACGGCCCGAGGAACUGGUCGCUUAUAAGCAAAUCGAUCCCGGGUAGGUCGGGGAAGUCGUGCCGGCUCCGGUGGUGCAACCAGCUGUCGCCGCAGGUGGAGCACCGCCCGUUCACGCCCGAGGAGGAUGAGACCAUCAUCCGCGCCCACCGUCGCUUCGGCAACAAGUGGGCGACUAUCGCCCGCCUCCUGUCGGGCCGGACUGACAACGCCGUCAAGAACCACUGGAACUCCACCCUCAAGCGGAGGUACUCGGCCUCCGCCACCGCCGUUGCCGUCGAUGGUGGGUUCGUCGCAGCGGCGGAACUCGAGCCUGCGCCGGAGCGGCGGCUCAAAAAGACGUGCAGCGACGGGCCGCUCCUCUCGUCGGACGGUGCAGGGCUCUGCUUGAGCCCCGGAAGCCCAUCGGAGUCCGAUCUCAGUGAUUCUAGCUGCCACAGCCAUCCGAUGAUCUCUCCGGUCUCCACCGGUUCGCACAUCUACCGACCGGUGCCGAGAACCGGAGCCGUCGUACUCCCAUCCUCAUCCACACCAAACCACCACCAUCCGACGGAGCCCUCUGCCUCAGCCGCAGCCACCUCCUGCUCCCCAGAGAUCGUAGAAGAUCCGGUGACAUCCCUCACCCUCUCCCUCCCUGGAUCCGAUCCGAUGGACACCUGCAAUGACCGCCACAGCGGCGACAACGACGGCAACGGUCAGAAACCGCUCGAGCUUCUUCCAUCUGUGCCGAUACCACUGCAGGCGCGGCCAUCGUCUUCAACGACGAGGUCCGCCGAGGCCACCGGUGCAGCCCCCUGUUGUAAGGAAGAACAGGGGUGGCACGCGCCGUGUCCCUUCGGCGCGGAGUUCUUGGCGGCGAUGCAGGAGCUGAUCCGCAAGGAGGUGAGGAGCUACAUGUCCAGCUUGGAGCAGAGCGGUAUGAUGUGCGCGCGGUUUCCACUGCCGCCGGAGAGCGUUCUUAAUGCCGGUAUUAGGCGGAUCGGCUUCACAAAGAUCGAGUAGAAAGGGUAAAAAAAAGGAACCGAUGCUUCAAGACAAUCGUGGAGUAGAGAUUUUCUCCCUUUCUUCCCUAGUCAAAAUGACUAAAAGAUGUUUAUCCUUCCGUUUUUUGCUUCUUAAAUCUGCAAAGAAAUAAAAGAGCUGGGUGAAAUGGUUCCGUGUA